UCCUGACAUCUUCACACCGAGGGGCCGAGACGUACUCGAGUGGCUUUCGGGUGGCGUUCAAAUCUUCUAUCGGGCGAUUCUCGACAUUGCCCUUGGCUAGGCGUUGUCCAAUUCGGAGAUUUCCAUAUUGAAUUUUCCGAAAGCUCUCUCAGGAGUUUUCCCAUGCAGCAUGGGAUAUUUACUGCUCACUGGUUAAAUAGUCUGUAUCGGCCGUUGACAGUUAUUCCAACAAACUUCCAUCAAAUCAUUCAUUCGUUCAUUCGUUCAUUCGUUCAUUCGUUCAUUCGUUCAUUCGUUCAUUCGUUCAUUCAAGUCCGUGUCGUUGCCACAAUGCGUGUUCUUCUUACCCUCAGUACCUUCGUCGCCGCUGUGCUAGCCGCAGCUCGCACUAGCCCACCUUCCGGUGCCAUUACGGCUGGUAAAGGAGGAACAUAUGCUACUGUACGUUGCCGAGAAUAACUCGACCGUGAUCCAUUAAACCAUGCUAACUAAGCCAUUAUAGUUCCAAAAAGCCGUUAAUGCUCUCAGCACCACAACCAGUUCUGCUCAAAGCAUUUUCCUAUACUCUGGAACUUACUCGGAACAAGUUACCAUCCCCGCUUUGAAGGGAAAACUCACCGUAUAUGGAUACACCAAGGAUACUAGCUCCUACGGAAGCAACGUCGUCAACAUCCAGCACAGUUCUUCUCUCUUGAGCGGUGCCGCCAAUGAUGAAGAAACCGGAACCGUCAUCAACUUGUCGCCAAACACCGCUUUCUACAACAUCAACAUUAAGAACACCUAUGGAAAGGGUUCUCAAGCCAUUGCUCUGGCUGCCUACAACACCGACCAAGGUUACUACGGUGUUGGACUUUACGGAUACCAAGAUACUCUCCUUACUCAAACCGGUAACCAAGUUUACGCCAAGUGCUACAUUGAGGGAGCCGUAGACUGGAUCUUCGGUCAACACUCUGUCGCUUGGUUCGACGGUUCAACCAUUGCUGCUUCUGCUGGUGGUGGAUGUAUUACCGCCAAUGGUCGUCCAUCUACCUCUGACCCAUCCCUCUAUGUCAUCAACAAAUGUACCGUCACCACUAGUUCAUCCUCAACCGCCGGUUCCGGCACCGUUUACCUUGGUCGUCCAUGGAGUCAAUAUGCUCGUGUCGCUUUCCAAGAAACUUCAAUGACAAAAGUUAUUAACAGUGCCGGAUGGUCUGUUUGGUCUACCAGCUCACUAAAUACUCAAAAUGUUCUCUUUGAGGAACAUGCUAACACCGGUGCCGGUGCUUCAGGUAGCCGUGCAAGCUUCUCCCACUCGUACAGUACUCCUUACACUAUCUCUGGUGUUUUGGGCAGCAACUACAAAUCUUGGGUUGAUACCAGCUACCUUUCUUAGGUUAGCGAUGUGCAAUACCUUUGUGUUGAUUAUAGGCGGGUGAUGGUGGUGGUUAUCUUCUGAUGAUGGUUUUAGAUGUAUAUAGUUUUUCUUGGAGCUUGUGAUGCUUCAUGUGUAUAAAUUUCAGCCUUUUUUGCUGCACCGAGAGUUUUCCAUCGCGUGUAUGAUGUUGUGAGUAUGCAGUGAUUUAAACUACACUU